CUAACAACACGAAUUUUUAUUCUAUCCACCACACACUAGUGACACUAAACUUUCUAUUAAUCCCAAUCUAUGUGUUGUCGUUGAUAGCAAAAUAACAUUGAAACACUGCAUCUUGUCAUGAAUACAGUGUUGCAUAAAUUAUCUCGCUUAACAAACUAUGUAUACACGUUAUUUUCAGCACAGGUUAAUCCAACGAUCUAGCCAGUUGUACAAGAAUUGAAUUCGUCUCACACAUUCACUUUAAAUGACAUAUCGAUUAUGCCGAAUAGAACGGACCAAUGAAAAAAAUUACAAUAAAUUACGUCAUAUUAUUGGAAGUAGAUGACGCAUUAAAGUUACAUGAGGCCCGUAUUUCAAUUAUGAACUCUGACGAGCACUAUCCACGUUUUUGUUAAAUUAAAUUGAAAUUCCUGUAAUAUACGUCGUUACAGAUCUAAGUGCAUCAAAUAAUUUUUCUUUUAUAUUAUUUCCAGUCUUUCAGGACGGUGAAAUGCUCAACCAUACACAGACUGGGGUAACUGGAGAAUUUAUCCUCGACUUCAUCCUGGAACAAACAGGCGAAGACACCGUCAAUGAGCAGUCGAAGUCAAAUACAGUCGCAAAGAACUUGGAAGAGACAAAUCCGUGUUCCAGCAAGCAAGGGGAUGCAAAGAAAAAAUCGAAAAGGAGCGAUUACCUAAAGACAUUACAGAAGCAGUACUUUGUAAGUAAGUUGAGGCUGCAUGAUGAAAAAAUGAAACUGAUUGCAGCGAAGAUGGAAAUGGUGAAGAACCAGGGGGAGUUCUACCGCAACCUGACUAAUGCACUAGCGCAGACCAGAAAGAUGAUGGACAAUGAACAAUAG